GUACUUGUGUUAUUGGAGUUGGUUGCUCAAACUGAAAGAGUGUGAGUGUGUCAGUCAUAUGGAGACAAGUGAAAAAAAUGCUUCCAUUUUAUUUUUUCGACGCUAACCAACUUAUAGCAAAUAUUUACGUUUUAUUUUGAUUCCCAACUGAAGGUAACAUUUCCGAGGUGCAGUGAACGUUGCAUGUGCCGACAGUCAGAGGACUUUAAUUUCAAAAACUGUGGUGUCUUUCAGUCUUUCAGUCAUCACCCAUUUCCCUAACAGGACGGUAACAUUUUUGUUUGUCACGAGACACUCGAGGAGGAGCUCUGCACCUGACGGAAACCACGGCUCCGAGUGCGCAUGCGCCCGGGGUUUCCCUCGUGGGUCGUUUAUAGAGAAGUAUAUAUACAGUCGGUGCUCAAACUGCUCAUUAAAGGGGAGGGAAGAGGCGCGAGCUCAGCAGUCGGGUGAUGGACACCUCAGACGCUCUGUCAACCAUGAAGAAGUUUCUCAUCACUCAGGUGGUUCCACCCAGAGCUUCGGCAGUGCAGAAGGUUGUGGCUCGGAUGCAGACCUUUGCCCAGAGGACCUGCCAGCUCUUCUGCCUGCCCCUUCAGCCUCUGCCCUGUGGAAACAUCUCAUGCUGCUCAGCUCAAACCCAUCAGCUGGAACCAGGGGUAAAGAAACAAGACCACUCCCAGUCAGUUCAGAGUGUCCCACCCACCAUCCUGAUAGUCAACAUCAGCAACUCCACCCUCAUCGACUGCGUCAUUGGGGAUUCCUGUCCGUCUGCAGCGGCAGAGCGCCAGCCUCUGAUGCAGGAGGCGGAGCUCCAAAAGCAUGCUCAGCUGAAGUGCAGCUGCAGACAGAAAGAGCAAGUCGAAACACAGAGCCUUCCUCCUCCUCCUCCUCCUCCUCCUCCGGCCUGUGCUUCUGCAUCACCACAAGAGCAGCUCAACAUCAGCAUCGAAAGCUCACACCUCAACUGUGUCAUCAUCGGAGACAACAACCACAUGCACAUUGAAACGAGCCCAGCUUCAGACUGAGACGAGACCAGCUUCAGACUGAAACGAGCUUCAGACUGAAACGAGCUUCAAACUAAGACGAGUCCAGCUUCAAACUGAAACAAGUUUCAGACUGAAACGAGCUUCAAACUGAGACGAGUCCAGCUUCAGACUGAAACGAGCUUCAGACUGAAACGAGUCCAGCUUCAAACUGAAACGAGCUUCAGACUGAAACAAGCUUCAAACUAAGACGAGUCCAGCUUCAGACUGAAACAGCUUCAGACUGAAACGACCUUCAAACUAAGACGAGUCCAGCUUCAGACUGAA